AUGGCCGCCGCCAUUAGAUCUGCCGUCGGUCGAGGCGCCGCCGCCACUGGGUCGCUGCCUCUGCGCACCGCCGCCGUCGUCCCGGGAGCCAUGCGCUUCGCCUCGUCCAAGAGCUUCUUCCCGGAGGAGCCCGAGGCGCCUACUGUCAAGACUGCGAUUCCCGGUCCCAACGGCAAAAAGGCCAUUUCAGAGCUCGACCAGGUCUUUGACACGCGCAGCGUCAACUUUCUCUCCGACUACAGCAAGAGCAUUGGCAAUUACAUUGCCGACCCUGAUGGCAACAUGAUGCUUGAUGUCUAUGCGCAAAUUGCCUCCAUCCCCGUUGGUUACAACAAUGCGCACCUUGCCAAGGCCGCUUCCAGCCCGCAAAUGGUCAACGCCCUCAUCAAUCGCCCCGCGCUGGGAAAUUUUCCCUCCAGUGACUGGGCCGAGAUCCUUAAAACGGGCAUCCUCAAGGUCGCUCCCAAGGGUCUGAGCAAUGUCUUCACCGCGCUAGCCGGUUCCGACGCCAAUGAGCUCGCCUACAAGGCCGCCUUCAUCUACCGCCGCCAGCUCGAGCGUGGCGGGCCUGACGUGGAGUUUACCGAGGAAGAGCUUACCUCAUCCAUGAACAACCAGGCGCCCGGCGCCGCCCAGCUGUCCAUCCUAUCCUUCAAGACGGCCUUUCACGGCCGUCUCUUUGGCUCCCUGUCCACGACGCGCUCCAAGCCCAUCCACAAGCUUGACAUUCCCGCCUUUGACUGGCCUCAAGCCGCCUUCCCGCAGCUCAAGUACCCGCUCGAGGAGCACGUCGAGGAGAACCGCAAGGCCGAGCAGGCCUCUCUCGACGAGGUCGAGCACCUCAUUCAGAACUGGCACCUGCCGCCCGCCGCCGUCAUGGUCGAACCCAUCCAGUCCGAGGGCGGUGACAACCACGCCAGCCCCGAAUUCUUCCAGAAGCUGCGCGCGCUCACCCGCAAGCACAACGUCCUCCUCAUCGCCGAUGAGGUCCAGACCGGCGUCGGCGCUACCGGCAAGUUCUGGGCGCACGAGCACUGGAACCUGCAGGACCCUCCGGACAUGGUCACCUUUUCGAAAAAGGCCCAGACGGCCGGCUACUACUACGCCUCCCACGCCCUGCGGCCCAAUAAGGCCUACCGCCAAUUCAAUACCUGGAUGGGCGACCCCGCGCGCGCCAUGAUCUUCCGCGCCAUCAUUGAGGAGGUAGAGCGCCUCGACCUCGUCAACCACACCGCCCGCGUCGGUGACUACCUCUUUGCCAAAUUGGAGGGCCUUGCCAAGCGCUACCCCGACCACUUUAAGAACCUUCGCGGCAAGGGCCAGGGCACCUUUAUCGCAUUUGACAGCCCCAAGCGCGACCAGUUCCUCGCAAAGGCCAAGGAGUUUGGCAUCAACAUUGGUGGCUCCGGCGCCUCCGCCGUCCGCCUUCGUCCCAUGCUGACGCUGCAGGAGCACCACUGCGAUAUCCUCGUCGACAGCAUGGAGAAGAUUGUCAAGGCUCUGUAA